AUGGAGUCUACAGUGUCCUUGAGCGGCCAUUCUGAGCCACUGAGAAUCCUUUCUCUUGAUGGGGGCGGGAUUCGCGGAAUCUCAAGUCUGCUCAUUUUGGAGAAGAUAAUGGAGAAAAUCCGUGACGUUAAGCACCUUGACCGCGUCCCACGACCGUGUGACCACUUUGACUUGAUCGGAGGCACAAGCACUGGAGGAAUCAUCGCCAUCAUGCUCGGUCGGCUAGGAAUGACUGUGGAUGAUACGGGCCUACCGGAAGCGUCGCCCCGUGGAGCUUUCUCCGCCCAGGCGCUAGAGGAAGCCAUUAAACAGACAGUUCGAGAAUUCUGUACAGAUGGGGAAUGCGUGGCCCGUCGGCGCCAAGGCUCCCCGACAACUGAAACAUGUCCACAUUCUAAUUUGGCCUUCCGUGACCAGGCUUGCACGAAAACGGUGGCUCUUGCAAUCACAAAGUCCAACGUCGACGCGAAACCGACGCUCUUCGAGACAUACGAUACAUCGGCUGACUUGGAUGAAUGCACCAUAUGGCAGGUAGCGCGUGCAACUUCAGCUGCAACUACGUUCUUCAAGCCGAUUAAAGUUGGUCGGGAUGCAGUCGAGUUCAUUGAUGCUGGUUUCGGGUAUAAUAAUCCCUGUGAUGAGCUCAUCAAGGAAGCUCGGCGGGUGUUUCCUGGUCACCAAGAGCUACAGGUUUUGAGUCUUGGUACCGGCCUUGGAGAUGUUGUCAAUAUCAAGGAUACCCGAAUAUCAAUCAUAGAUGCUCUGAAGAAGAUGGCCACAUCAUCAAAGAAGGUUGCCACCAGCCUGGACGACCGAUUCGGUGAUAGUGGCCAGUACUUUCGGUUUAAUGUGGAUCGUGGCCUCGAGGAUAUCACAUUGUCAGAUUGGGAGAAAGCAAGCACAAUAUCCGCGCAUACCCGCAACUAUCUUUCUGAGCGGACUAGAGCGAUCGAGAAGUUUGUUGAUGUUUCUACGCGGGCGAGUGCUUUGUCGGCAGAUAGGUCUGGCAUCGAACCGGCCAAAGCUGACAUAUCCAAAAUUCAGCCAGCAAACAGCCGUUCCCAGGGCCACUAUGUCAUCCCUCUUAUAGCGAAUCACCACUUUACUGGACGUGUGGACACACUGAACUCGCUCAAAAAUCGAAUCUUUAUCCAAAAAGAAAACCAUAAAAUGGCGCUGUUUGGACUUGGGGGUGUUGGCAAAACCCAAGUCGCUCUGCAGCUUGCGUACUGGGCCAAAAAACAUGUGCGAGGACAUUCUAUCUUUUGGGUUGCCGCGCUGAGCGAAGGAAGCUUCAAGCAGGCCUACUCUGAAAUCGUCAGACAGCUUGGCAUUCAUAAAGCUACAGAUGACGAAACAGUCCUGGAGUUGGUGCAGCGGUACCUGAGCUCGGAGGCGGCUGGACCAUGGCUUUUGAUUGUGGAUAAUGCGGACGAUCUGGACCUACUUUUUGGUAGUGCCGAUAAUUCAGGUGGGCUCUACGCGUAUUUGCCCGUCAGCCGAAGCGGCGUGAUGCUGCUGACCACUCGCUCGCGAGAGGUUGCUGUGUCAUUCGCGGAACGGAACAUAAUCGAAAUCCAGAAAAUGAUGCCAGCGGAGGCUACGGCUUUUGUCGAGAAAGUAGUGGAUAAAGGUUUGCUCUGCGAUCGACAGACAACAACACAAUUACUCGAGGAACUCAAUAUGCUACCCUUGGCUAUCACGCAGGCGGCUGCCUAUAUGAACAGGAACGACAUCUCGACUUCACGAUACCUUGAAUUAAUGCAUGGUACCGAACAUGAUAGGAUAGGCUUGAUGAGCAGGCAUUUUCACGACCACACUCGAUACCCCGAUGCUGUUGCCACGACGUGGCUGAUCUCCUUCAACAGGAUAAGAGAAUCUGACGCCGCUGCUGCUGAAUUACUAGCGUUUAUAUCAUUCAUUGAACCGAAAGCAAUUCCGAGAACGCUCUUCCCGCCUUUGGAUUCUGAAGAGCAAAUGGAAUUCGCAAUUGGCACUUUAUGCGGUUAUGCAUUCAUGACCAAACGAGAUGAUGGCAAAGUGUUUGACAUGCACAGUCUAGUGCAGUUAGCGACGCGAUUAUGGGUAAAUCAAGAAGGAGAUACGCAACGAAUACUGAAGAACACGACACACCAUAUUGCAGUGGCUUUCCCACUAAAUGAUUGGUCAAAUCGUGAUUCAUGGAGAGCAUACCUACCGCACGCUCUUACGCUUCUCUGGAAGAAUGAGGUACACGACAUAGAGGAGAGGUAUGAGCUAUGCUACAAGGUAGGCAUGUGUCUCCUAGAAGAUGGGCGGACGAAAGACGCCAUUCGCUGUUUCAAAGAAGACUUAAGCUGGAAGGAAAGAUGUUGUGAUAAUGAGCACCCACUGCGACUGAGAGCACAGCAUGAAUUAGCACGAGCAUAUCAAGCGGACGGCCAGAUCAAGAGUGCAGUGGAUCUACUCGAGCAUGUGGUUGCGAUACGACAGGAAGUUCUAGCUGAAGAGAACAUCUCUCGACUGAAUUCCCAGCAUGAGCUUGCACGAGCAUAUCAAGCGGACGGUCAGAUGAAGAGAGCAAUGGAGCUACUGGAGUACGUAGUCGCAGUUCGCGAGAGAAUACUGGCCGAAAACCAUAAAUAUCGACUUUCAUCUCAGCAUGAACUCGCACGGGCGUAUCACGUGGACGGCCAGAUCAAGAGAGCAGUGAAGCUGCUGGAGUAUGUAGUCACAGUCCGCAAGAGAACAAUCGCUGAAGACCAUCCUGAUCUACUACUUUCUCAGCAAGUACUCGCGACUGUAUAUCAUUCGGACGGCCAAAACAAGAUGGCAGUAAAGCUUCUUGAGCAUGUGGUCGCAGUACGACAGAACACAUACGAUAAAGAACAUCCCUCCCAAUUGGCAUCCCAGCAUCAACUCGCGGGAGUUUAUCAAGCGGAUGGCCAAAUCCAAAAAGCUCUAGGACUGCUAGAAUACGUCGUUACAGUGCGAGAGAGAACACUUGCUGAGAGUCAUCCCUCGCGACUGGCAUCGCAGCAUGUCCUCGCAAGGGCAUAUCAAGCGGACGGCCAGCUCAAGAAAGCAGUGGAACUACUCGAGCAUGUGGUCGCAGUACGCGAGAGAACGCUUGCCGAAGGGCAUCCUGAUCGACUAGCAUCGCAACAUGUCCUCGCAAUAGCAUAUCAAGCGGACGGCCAGAUCAAGAAAGCAGUGGGACUACUCGAGCAUGUGGUCGCGGUACGCGAGAGAACGCUUGCCGAAGGGCAUCCUGAUCAUUUAGCAUCGCAGCAUGUCCUCGCCGCAGCAUAUGAAGUGGAUUGUCAUAUGAUGAAGGCGGGUGAGCUGCUCGAGCAGGGAGUCGCAAUACGAAAAAACGGAACUGGCGGGGAGAGCGCCUCUCGGUUUGCAAAAGCUCCAGAAGACGCUGCAUAUAGAGCUGCGAUAGACUCUGUCUAUAUUACAUUUGGAGGUCAGAACAGUGGUCUUCAGAUUGGUAUGAACAACGGGCCUAUUGGCGUGGUGGGGUUCAAGCGACAAUCAUAG